AUGGCUCAUUAUGACUCAUUGGAGGACAAGUACUCUGUGGAUAUUCACGACAACCCACCGCUCCCCGAUAACGUGGUGAAAGAGGAGAACAACACGGUGUAUUUCAUCUACGAUGAAGAGGUAGAGGAGGAGGAGAAAGAGGAGCCCCCCCCACCAGAGCCAGUAAAGCCGGUUAAUGACAGACCUCACAAGUUCAGGGACCACUACUGCAAGAAGCCAAAGUUCUGUGAUGUCUGUGCACGAAUGAUUGUUUUCAACAACAAAUUUGCUUUGCGAUGUAAAAACUGUAAGACCAACAUCCACCACCAGUGUCAGUCCUAUGUGGAGUUUCAAAGAUGCUUUGGCAAAAUUCCUCCUGGUUUCAGGAGGGCCUACAGCUCUCCUCUGUACAGCAGUCAGCAGAACGCCACAGUCUCACAGCUGCUGCCCUUCUCACAGUCCAACCGCACUGACCCUGUGUUUGAGACGCUGCGUGUCGGCGUCAUCAUGGCCAACAAGGAACGCAAGAAAGGAUCGGGGGACAAAAAGAAUGUAAUGAUGAUGGAAGAGGAAGAGCCACACCCCAAACAAAUGGAGGAAGGAAGGGAAGGAGGAAAUGCAGAGGGAGACAAGAAGGGAGACAAAGCUGCUAAUGAUGACAAGAGUAAAAAGCCCCAGCCCGGGAAGAUCGGUGUGUUUUGUCAGUCUCACUACUACCUGGCUCUCUAUCGUUUCAAGGCCAUAGAGAAAGAUGACCUGGACCUUCAUGCUGGGGACCGUAUCACAGUGAUUGAUGACUCCAAUGAGGAAUGGUGGAGGGGUAAGAUAGGAGAGAGGACAGGCUUCCUCCCUGCAAACUACAUCAUCCGAGUGCGAGCAGGAGAGAGGGUCUACAAGGUGACACGCUCCUUUGUGGGGAACCGAGAGAUGGGCCAAAUUACUUUAAAGAAAGACCAGAUUGUAGUGAAGAAGGGAGAGGAAAUGAAUGGCUAUCUGAAGGUUAGCACAGGACGCAAGCUGGGUUUCUUUCCUGCUGACCUGCUCCAAGAGAUCUGA